GAGAUUAUUAGACCACUCUUAGGCUACAUAAACACUAAGAGUGAUCUAAUAUUUAUAUUGACUACUAAAUCAGUCACGGUUUUUAUACAACCUCAUCCAAACUUGUAAAAUAACAACCACUCGGGUAAUACCAACACGCAUCCCAAAACAGACAAUUCAAAACAAACGACAUCCAAUAAUCGAAGCUUCCCUUUCUUCUUAUGACCUCUCGUUUUCUACACCAAACUCAAGACGAUAUACCACUACAGUCACAUAAACAUGGCACCUUCAAGACUGGUUCUUCGGCCUGUGGCCCGCAUGCCAUACAUGCGUCUUCAACGACGUCUCGCGAGCACAAAGCCAAACCCAAAACAUGUCCAUUCUGAUGGGAACCUCGGCGGCCCAGGAGGUCAGCAACCUCCGCCUCAAGCACCAGGCGGUCCAGAAGCCCUUAAGAGGAAUUGGCCACCCAUCGCUGCAGCAGCUGCCGUACUGGGAGGAGGUUUUUGGAUCAUGCUCCCUAAGAAAGGAAAUCCACCCGAGAUGACUCUGCGGUCUUAUAAAGACCUCGAUAGCCCCGACGGGUUGAAGGAGCUCAGUGGGCGAAAGCCCAACUCAAUGGGUGGUUUCAGAGCUGACUAGUCAAGUAUGCGAUGAAUCACGGAAGAGAAA